UUAUCCCCUUUGCAGGUUUUCUCUGGCCUUUGCUCAAUAUAUUUGGGCUGCAAUUAAUUUAUGGUCACAUGAAGUAUGAUAGCAUAACCUGCCCUGAUCAUAUAGACCCAUGUUACUGCAACAUCACAAAAUAAAUUAUCUAGCCUGUGCAGAUGUGGAAAAGGAACAUCUGGAAUGAGAUCCUCAGUGUCAGUCAUCCUUUCAAGCCCUCCACCUGAUACAACCAUGCACUUUCCUGAUUAUGGACAAACUGUUAAGGAUCAUCAAGCUCUCUUGAUUCUUGUCAGGCAUUCAGGACAGCAGCUGAAGGGGAAGACCUUCAAUCGGCUAUUUGAUCGAAUUUCAAAGGUCAAUCAGGUGAAGAUAACUGACCAGCAGGGCUGGGUAAGGAAUAUUAGAUUCCGUUACAAGAAGGUGUACCCAGUUGAAAAUAAUGAUUGGGGAGACUUCCAGAGUCAUCGUCGUCUCCUUGGACUUAUUUCCCUUGGAAAGUGCACCAAUCAGGGGGAGCUGAAUGAAAUCUGUCGGCAACAUGAGAGUCUCAAGACCCGCUACAACGUCACAUUGUAUGACUCUCGCUGCAUCAUCUUUGGGGUGCGAGAGGAUGGGACUAUCUGCUCAUCCCCUGAGCCAGGACGAGCUACUUCAGCAGCAGAUGAUCACAUAGUCAAUGGGCAAUCAGCAAAUGAAGCCAAGAGUUCCUCAUCUCAUGGGGAUUUCCGAACGACCCCUCUCUUCUACCCAUGUGUAGAUUCCUGUGAUAGGCUUGAGAGUGACAUCAUUGACUUUGUCUCUUCUCUUUUCUGGGUCUUGGAAUCAAAACGAAUGGAAAAGGGCCUUGAGCGUCUGGAAAAGGUGCCAUUAUUAUGUGCUCCAUUUGAGAAGAAAGAUUUUGUAGGGAUUGACUUGGAUUCCAGAAGCAAUAGGAAAAGAUGCAUUGGAAGGGCAAAGAAGCAUUUAGCAGACCUGAGUCUGCAAGCUGGUUUACCAGGGGAAAGUAUACCUCUCUACAUAGCUGCCGUUGAUAUCCUUCGACCUGUCAAUGACUGGUUCUGGCUUGGCUGUGCAUUGGAAGGCCUUGCUACCACAUCUGCCAUUCUCCUGUAUCCUAAUGUUGGACGAACUCAGGUUGUCCAACGGAAUUCUUCCCUCAAUGUUGGAGACUCUUGUCGCCCAAAGGUCCCAGGAGGGUCUCAUUCUCUACCCAAUGGACUGGAUCCUUCAGAAGUAAAAAAUGCAGCAGCAAAUUGUCUGUCUCCUGAGGAUAUCAUAGAUAAAUAUAGAGAAGCCAUCAUCCAUUACUCCAAGUAUCGUCAUGCAGGGAUUGUAGAAGCAGAGGCAAGCAUCAAGGCAACCCAUAUCCUCAUUGAACAAGAUAAGCCUCUUCUUGCUGCUGACUUCCUUCAGAAUGUUGUCUUCAUCAACCUCAAUUUGCCAGAUGAAGAGAAGAUUCAGAGGUUUGUGACACUGUCUGAGCUGUAUUCCUGCAUUGGGUUCCAUCGGAAGGCAGCCUUCUUUCGGAGAGUAGCUGCCAUGCGUUGUGUGGCCCCGCAGAACCCAAAGACAGAUUGGAACCAGUGCUAUCAUCUCCUUCUCCUUGCUCUUGAAGGCUACAAGCUCAGCCUUGAUCCUGUUCUCUUCCCUGGCUCCUCAAGUUCCAGUGGUUGGGCAGUUCUACAGAUCUGUCUCCUCGAGGAGCUGAUUGCAUGUGCUCGUCGAAUGGGAAAUGUUACUUUAGCAACCCAACAUCUUGCCUUCCUUCUCACGUCCAUGAUGAAGCAUCUGAGCCUCAAUGAACGUCGGGAUUAUGCCCUCCAGUUGGAAGGCUUAGCUGUCUCCUCUGAUUCCAGCCUUUCUAUCCCACUUGCUUUAGACAAUGGAUUUAUUGUCCCUCCUGUCCAUCUCACUCAACUUCCUGAAUUGAGGUCUUUUAUGCCACUGGCACCUCCAUUGUCCACGAGACCAGUUCGUCUGAAAGGGCCAAAGAGGUCUCAGUCUGACUCACCAUUCAUCUUCAGUCCCUUCCAGACCUACAAUAACAAGGAUGCUAGAGCUUCCCCAUCAGAUAUGGAAAAAGGCGACACUGGUACUCUAGAUUUCAAUUGGGUGGUGGGAGAUAUAUGCCAUGUAGCCCUGAAUGUCUUCAACCCUCUCCCAAUUGACCUCAAGGUCUCCUCCAUUAGUCUGUUGACAUCAGGGGUGAAGUUCCAAAGUGAGUCAUGCUCAGUGACUGUGGCACCUCUAUCACCUGAUGUUAUCUUGCUCUCAGGAACUCCACAGGACAGUGGGGACCUCAAGCUUCUUGGGUACACAACUCAGCUGCUGGGAAUGAAGUCAACUUGUCGACUGAGAGCCCUGGGGAUCUCAGGCUAUGACAUCAAGAUCAUUCCCCCUCUUCCAACUUUGUCCCUCUCAUACAACAUGAAUCAAAAUUGGAAGGAGGGGAAACAGAUGGAUGCACUCCCAGUGCCCAGUUCCAGUCCCAUUCCCAGUUCUGAGCCUCCUCCCAUCAGACUAUCUCUCUUUGCUGGAGAAAGUCGAACGGUGGAAUUGGAGCUGAAGAAUGAAUCAGUUGACUGUGAGGUGUGUUUGAUGGAUGUGACUUUGGAAUCAUCACUGGAGGAUGAAGGAUAUGAAGAAGGGGAAGUCUUUUCAUGGGAGAAAGAUGUGAUCCAAGCCCAGCUUCCCAUUCAGCCUAGCAGUCACCUCACGUUCACUCUCACCAUCACAGCUCCUCACUGCCCUUCCCUAUCCAAUCACCCUCUGAUGGAAACUGGGAGCAUGGGGAGCAGCCAGGGCCUGAGUCAUAGUCUUCAGACACCCUUCCAGUCCCAGUCAUUGAGAGGAGGUAUCAUCUUAGGGAAUUUCCUGCCAAAGAGGAGUGACUCCAGUGUGUCCAUGAAGUCCUCCAGUGGAAGCAGGCACUCCAGCCUUGGUCCCAUAGGAACAGGAACUGCAGCCUCUCUUAACAAGUCACUCCAUGCCAAAGUAUUGGGGGGAGUUCUGUGGGUGAAGUACUCAGGAGGGAAAGGAAUCAAGAAGGAAUAUGCAAGACGUCUUGGGAUCCCCAUGAGUGUCGAAGUCAAACCAUCUCUUUGCAUAACGCAUUGUGAUGUCCUUCCAGCUCUCUUGGAGGAGCAAUGCUACUUGGUGGCAGACAUCUUGAACCAGACACCUCAUGAGAUGGAAGUGAAAUAUGCAGAGGGGAAGGAGAUAGUCCUGGAGGCAAUGGAUGCUUGUCGUGUCCCCAUCCCCAUCAAGCGAUCUCCCCUCAUACCACCGACAUUCCCCAAAUUGGGGGAUACAGAAGAAAUGGAGCGGAUUCGCAAGGAUGUUCUGAAGCAGGUGGACCUGAAGUGGCGGAUUCCUUCUGUGGAAGUAAGAGGGAGUGCAAAUGCGUGCCUCACCUCACUCCCUCUCUCACCUCGCAUGCUGGACCUCCUUCAUGUUCCCCCCAUCAAGUGGCAGGUUCGUGUGAACGGAAGGGAGACAGAAGGGGAUGAGGUAGGAUGUGGUCCAGGGGAAAUAUUGGAGAUGUCAGUGACAUUGGUGAACCUCUGCCCAAUGCCUCUCCCUCGUCUCCUCCUCCGCAUCCAGGUCUUCCAAGAUCUUGAGAAUGGGAACCAUAAUUAUAAUUUGGAGCGACGAAUUGCUAUCAUUGGCUCUGAUCGCACUCUCCUUUCAGCAAUUGGGGAGCAUGCUGAGUAUGAGCAUCGAUUUGGGCUCCUUCUGCUCACUCCAGGAUCAUACAAAGUAGACUUGUAUUGCAUUGCAUAUGAAGGGGAUGGAUCAUUAUCCCAGGAUUCUCCUCUCCAUAUGACUGUUGGAGGAGGGAAUCCAUAUGAGAAUCUCCCAAUGGUGAAGAACUUACCCUCAUCAGAAUGCAUCUGGAGGCAUUCUCCCCCUCUCACUAUUUCUGUCACCUGAUGACCCUCUGCCAAUUCUGUAUGCACCCAACUCAAACUGCAGUUCCUUAUUGUGAUAUAUGUUUGCUCUCUUUAAAUUGUAUAUGGUGUGGUAGGGCUGGGCUCUAUUCAAUUAGUGUGAAGGAUUCUUCUCCCUAAAUUUGAAUGUAACUCCUCAACAUUCUCCAUACAAAAAAUUUCCCUUAUUUACUAAAACAAGUAAUAUUCUGUAGAGUCCUGUAAGUGAGAAAGUUUUUUAAAUAUAAUUUUUGGUGAUAUUUCAGCAAAAAUCAAUAGAAUUCCAUCAUUUUUGCUUUGGCCAUGGUUGGUUAUAUGCUUGAAUGCCUAAUCAUGUGGCAUGAAAGCAAGGAAAAGGAUUGCACAUUCACACCAUGCCCUUCCCAAAGCCAAACAAGUAUUUCUGUCCUUGGGGGAAGGAGAGAAAGAAAAGAAGGUCCAUGAAUUCAGUCAGAGUGACAUACAGAAGUGAGUGAAGCCUUUUUCAGUUUACCCAAAAAUAUAUUUAUUUGUAUCCAUAUUAUGUGUAAGCAUUUACAUCUAAUAAGCAUUUGAUUAUUGAUUUUUCCUUAAUGCAUACCACUAUUCAACAAAGUGCUUAAUUGUGUCCUGUUGAUCUCUCGUCAGCUGGGAAGUGUCAAAAAAUGCCAGUCCAAGCAGAAGCUUCAUUUUUGCAGCAAUGGGUGCUUUUUUGUCAUGAAUGUUUUUUUUUCCCCAAAGAUUAAUAUUGUGGAGAAAUUAAUGAAUGGAUGAAAGUGUAACAUGUCUAAGCACAUGGGAUUCCACUUAGCUCCAUUAAGUGGCACUUAAAACGUAAUGUGCAUAAAGCUGAACUGAAACUUGAGCCUGUCCAUUAGCUUGCUGUGCCUAAUGGCUCAGAAUUGAUGAGUGGUGUUGAUCUAUGUCAGAUUCCAUUCUAUGAUGAUGAUGAUGACAUAAAUAUGAAAUCAAUAUGUGAUGAAGAUCAUGACAUGGAGAUUACCUUAUUAUGCUAGGGAGCCUGGUGUUUGCUCAAUGGGGUCUUCUCUUUGUUUAUUCCUCUCUCUUUAAUAGAGAUGAUGAAAAUAAUCCUCAUCAGCAAACUGAGCCCCUUCCCAUUGGGGAAUGUUUGCUGGCAUGGCACAAUGUACCUGAAUCCUCUUUUUCCCUGUGUCUGCAAGGAAAAAGAAGAAUAAAAAAUGCAGAGCAUUUAUGAGAUUUGUUGCAUCACCUCACAUUCUUUGUUCCAUGCAUAUGUUGGUGGCUUGAUGUGCAUUAUUGCAAGAAUAAAUCUUGUGAUUGCAGCUCUCA